UUCUGAUAAAAAAAAUAUACCUAAUCGAAAUCUUGUUGGAAUGAAGAAUCUAUUGAAGAUUCAAGGAAAUCAAUUUUGAAAGCAGAAAAAAAAUUAUAAUCAAGAAAUUUUUAUCAACACCAAAUCAGCAAGAAAACAAAUACAGACAUGAAAAUGUCCGGAUCCUAUGUGCCAAGAAUUUUGAAAGAUAUUCAAUAAAAGGAUAAUCAACUUAAAAAAAGCACUUCAAAAAUCGAAAUCUCUUGCAUCUCUUAUCAUCAAGGACGAUAACAAACAAAAAACAAACAAAAAAACAAAAUGGCGUCAUCAUUCACAUCAUCAUCAUCACUACGAUCCUAUCUAUUCUCAGCGAUCUUUCUCCUCGGAGUUAUGAGCAUUUCAGCUCUAGCCAACUGCCCUUCCGGUUGCCAAUGUGACGAUGAUACAUUGGUUGUAACAUGUGGCGAAGGACAUUUAGAUGUCCUUCCAAUCGCUCUAAAUCCAUCAAUUCAAAGGCUAGUGAUAAAAAAUAAUCGUAUCAAAACUAUUGAUUCAUCAAUUCAAUUUUAUGCUGAAUUGACAUUCCUCGAUUUGUCAUACAAUCAUUUAGUGACAAUUCCACAAAGGACAUUUGCCUAUCAGCGAAAACUUCAAGAACUACAUUUGAAUCAUAAUAAAAUCGGUUCAGUAAGUAAUAAGACUUUUAUGGGUUUGGCAUCACUGACAGUACUGAAUUUGAGAGGGAAUUUCCUAGCUGAAUUGGAACAGGGGACAUUUUCCCCACUCAGCAAACUAGAGGAACUAAAUUUGGGACAAAAUCGAAUAAGUCAUAUUGAUCCGAGUGCUUUUAAUGGCAUGGUUAACUUACGAGUCUUGUAUUUAGAUGAUAAUACAUUGACAACAGUGCCAUCUGUACAGACAUUCCAGGCAAUGCCAAGUUUGGCUGAGCUAUUUUUGGGCACAAAUUCAUUUAUGACCAUUCCAUCGGGAGCUUUUGAAGAUCUUAAAGGCUUAACACGAUUGGAUUUGAAAGGAGCUGGCUUACACAACAUAUCACAUGACUCGCUGAAAGGUCUUGAAGGUGUGAGAAUCCUUGAUCUGUCAGAUAAUCGUCUUCAAAGGAUACCAACUUUGGGAUUGAGUCAUUUGGAAAGACUGGAAGAACUCUCAUUGGGACAAAAUGACUUUGAGGUAGUUAUGGAGGGAGCUUUUGUAGGCUUGAAAAACCUUCGUCGUUUGGAAAUAUCCGGGGCCUUGAGACUUAAACGUGUUGAUAAUGGUGCUUUUGCGACAAACACAAAUUUGGAAUAUCUCAAUCUUUCGUCGAAUAAAAUGCUUUCAGAAGUUCAAGAAGGUGCUUUGAGUGGUCUUCCACAUCUGAGACAUGUCAUCUUGAAGGAAAAUGCUAUAACCACUCUUGCCGAAGGUCUUUUCCCAUGGAACGAUCUGCACACUUUAGAUCUUUCCGAUAAUCCUAUGACCUGUGAUUGCCGAGUGCUUUGGUUGAGAAAUUUACUGGUCUCGAAGAACUCAUCAAACGAUGCUAUUUCGAAUGUUUUAUGUGAAUAUCCCGACAGACUGAAGGAAGAAAAUCUCAAGAACCUAACGCCAUCUUUACUCGGCUGCUCGCACAAUGAUCCUCGAAAACAAGCUAUGAUUGGAGCUUUACUUGUCGGCUCAGCAGCAACGAUAACAGCUUUAGCUUUGAUUUUAUACCGAUGUCGCCGGAAGAUCCGGGAAUUUCUCAAAGGUGGCUGGGGAAAUUCAGCCCUUGGUCGAAAAGAACGAGAAUAUCAGAAAACCUUCUCCGAUGAAGACUACAUGUCCCGCCAUCAACAUCCAUGCAGCUUGGGCAUUCACUCACAAUUCCCACCGACAUCAACCUACAAUCCACAUCACCAACAAUUCGGCCUAAGGCCAAUUCCGGUAACGGAACUAUAGCUAGAAGUACCGCCCCCACCUCCCCGAGGUCGGGGUGCCUCGUCCAACCAACAAGCCCUGCAACAGCUCCAAGUACCAACAUCGACCGUCCUCAAUGGCAACAUACCAUCGCAUCAACAACAACCACUAACGCCACCUACAGCCGUUCAACAGCAACAACAACCGAUGAUACCGAACGACAAUUCCUCCUUUGUGCAACUUAGCCAAAUUCAUCUAAUGACCAAUAACGCCAAGAAUAAAUUGUCCUCAACUUUACAGGACAAUUGCAAUGGCACCACCAAUCAGAAUCACUACAGUCAGCCAUUGCCAAUUGUGCAUAGCAAUGGCAAGUCGGCUACUACCGACAGGCACGUCAGACUCAAUCAGGAUCAUUUCAAUCACAAUCAUUAUGGCGGUAGUGGAAAACAUCACACUAUCGAUCCGAAUUAUAUUCACAAUAAUUCGCAUUAUUCACUGCCAAUUGAUCAUGAUGCUCCGCCGCCGAGUCCAACGCCAACACCACCGCCGCCAGCGUUGCCAAUGCGUAAUGGUAGUAUUGGUAUGAUACAUGGUAAUACGACGGGUAGGCGUUCGUUUAAUAAUAACAACAACAAUUCCACCAGCAAUAUUAUUAACAAUAAUAAUAACAGUUUGCGACAUUAUCACUGAUGACAGGGGUGGAUGGCAUUUGAAUUUUACUCACCGACCAUCCGCUAAAGAAAU